GCGGAACUUGUGGCAGCGAACGCCACGGACACGAUGAUCGUGACGACUGCAGACUUCAAUGAAGAUAAGCUCAAACUGCUGCAGCUGAACCCUGAGAUCGAGAACGCCAUUACUACGGGCAGCAAAGUCUUUAUCGUUGGCAAACCCGACGCUCGAGCUGUUCUGUGUACGGAGGACAAGUCGUAUUACAUAAAAAAGGAGGAUACGUCGAAUUUGCGUCUCCUUACGACUCAUACGGACUGGAGCAAGCCAAAGGAGGCCUCGGACAAGAGAAGCAUUCAAGUGUCCGGCGCUGCUCGCUUCCACUACCUGCUCGAACAUAAGGUCCCUGAUCCCACGACGUUGAGAGCUUUAUUGCAAGAGGCGCCAUACGAAAAACCUAAGCGGGAUGCAGCUCAAGCCAAGCGAGCGAAGUUGAGCAAAUUAUACUCGACAAGUGACUUGGUCUCUGCUUUGCAAGUCAGUGAGCAGGAGGUUCUGGCUAUGCUGAAGGAGGUUCAUGCUUUUGAGGAGGCCGGUACAUGGCGUUUACUGGGACCCAUGUACCAGUCUCAGGUUUUCACAGACAUGUUGGAUGCCAUCGUCCAGCAUGACUGGAAUGUAUUGACGCAGCCCGGUGUGCCUGUCAAGCAGCUCCUGAAUGAAAUCGAUGAGCCUCUAGUGGCGAUUCGCCAGUGCUGCAAGUUGUAUGGCUCAUUGAAGGCUGUUAACGGCGAGGAUCACUGCACACUGGACCCUGUGAAGGUUGCGACGUUCCGAGCCAAGUCAUUGUUUGACGAGCAGACAGCAGAAGCGCAAUUCCAGGCUCAACAAGACCACGUGGCUCUGAAUCCUGCCGACGCUGGGUGGGAGUUGGACCGGUUCAUGGAGAAGUGGAAGCUCCGUGUUCCUGACAGCGUGACCGUCACCUUGGAGAUGCUCAAUGGACUUGUGCUGGUCAAACCCCAGAAGGCUGGAAAGCCCACACGCAUCGUAUAUUUCCCCGAGGAAUUGUUGUCCCCUGAGCCGAAGAAGCGCUUCGAGCAGCUCUUCAAGAUGCAGGAGAAAUGGACCAUCAAGCAGCUGGAACCUUACAUCAAGGCGUUGAUUACUCCUAGCACGACACAAGCGUCGUUGCUGCUCAAGCACACGCGCUCGUCGCGCCAAGGCAACUCGACGGAGAAGUUGUACAGCCGACGAUGA